GUUGGGGCCGGAAGAUUUACUUUACCAUCAGUAUUCCACGAUGCCUGCUGCCGAAUCGUCCCAACCAAGUGCAAAAAACGAACAGGCUCCCUGUCGCACGUGUGUAGAUUUCAAGACGUGGUCCAAGCAGCAACGGAAAGCGCUUUCCACCAGUAGCGCCAAUAGCUCGGAAAUAACAACGUCGAAAGGUAAUUCACAGAAUAACCAUGGCUCCACCGGUUCGCCAUCUCACUGUCCUCUGGACAAGGAUCGCUUAGGGCAGUAUACAUGGGGCUUACUGCAUACCAUGGCGGCAUAUUUUCCUGAAACUCCCUCCAGCGAAGAACAAAGUAACGUGCGACAGUUUUUCAGUGCGUUCGCUAAAGUGUACCCUUGUGAAUAUUGUUCCAAAGACUUUCAAUCAGAAUUAAAAAAAUUUCCACCGGAAACAAAAUCCCAACAUGCACUAUCCCAAUGGCUUUGCCGGAUGCAUAACACUGUGAACGCAAAACUUGGCAAACCGCAAUUCGACUGCUCGAAGGUAAACGAACGCUGGCGUGAUGGUCCUGCUGAUGGAUCCUGUGACUAGAGCAGUUUACGGCUAAAUUGAAUGCCAUUCAUGUAACUUUACAAAUUGUUAAGCGACUGUUUUUAU